UUACUGGAAAUGUGCCAACAGCAGCCAGACCGAUUGGCAGAAAUCCCGAGACCAGUGAGGCGAUUGAGACUCUCCAUGAACUCUUCUUUCAACACCCCACACUCACAAUAA